CAGGACAGGUAGCUGGAGUUGUCCCAGGGCAGAGAAUAGGACUGGUCCCAGGACACGGAAGCAGAGCAGAACAAGGACGGUGAACCAGAUCUGUCCCGGGGCAGCGAAGCAGACCGGGCUUGUGUAGUGGUUGGAGAUCAGCAAACCAAGCUGAUGGACAACAGUGAGGCACCGACAACAGGAUCAGGCGAGAGCGGGACCUCUGGGCACAGCCAGUCAAAGCCCCUCCGCCCGGUGCGACUGAAGAACUGGGACAGUGGCAGCCUGAACUACGACACCCUCCACCUGCAGGCCCUCCAGACAUGUCCGUGUUCGAACGUCCGGUGCCUGGGCUCCCUUGUCUUUCCGAGCACCGCCACCCCUGUGCUGGGCGACGGGCACCAGCAGCACCUCCAUCGCCGAGCCGCGGACCUCCUGCUCAGCUACUACACCAGCAUCAACAGGGCUGGGUCCCCCGCCCACCAGCAGCGGUGGGCCGAGGUGGAGAAGGAGAUCGAGCAGACGGGCACCUAUCAGCUCACCUCCACGGAGCUCAUCUUCGGGGCCAAGCAGGCCUGGCGUAAUGCCGUCCGCUGCGUGGGGCGCAUCCAGUGGACGCGGCUGCAGCUCUUUGACGCCCGUGACUGCAGUUCGGUGCCGGAAAUGUUCAACUCCAUUUGUAACCACAUCAGAUACUCGACCAACAAGGGCAAUAUCAGGUCUGCCAUCACCGUCUUCCCUCAGAGGGCAGAGGGGAGGGGAGAUUUCCGAAUCUGGAACAGCCAGUUCAUCCGGUAUGCGGGCUUCCCGCAGGAGGACGGCACUGUGCUGGGCGAUGGGGCCAACGUGGAGCUCACUGAGCUCUGCCUGCGUCUGGGCUGGAACCCGGUCCGCAGUCGGUUCACGGUGCUGCCCCUGCUGCUCCAGGCCAAUGGAGAAGACCCUGAGCUCUUCGAGAUCCCCCCGGAGCUGAUCCUCGAAGUCCCCAUUCAGCACCCACAGUGUGAGCAGUUCUCGUUGCUGGGCCUCCGGUGGUACGGCCUGCCUGCUGUGGCCAACAUGAUGCUGGAGGUGGGGGGGCUGGAGUUCCCGGCUGCCCCCUUCAACGGCUGGUACACUGCUCCCGAGAUCAGCGCCCGCAACUUCUGCGACUCCUCCCGCUACGGUCUGCUGAAGGAGAUUGCGGCCGUGCUGGGACUGGAUACCAGGAGCACCCUCUUCCUUUGGAAGGAUAAAGCUGCCAUCGAAGCCACAGUGGCCGUUCUCUACAGCUUCCAGCGGGCGAAAGUGACGAUCGUCGAUCAUCACACCAUCACCGAGUCCUUCAUGAAGCACCUGGAGAGCGAGCAGCGGCUGCGUGGGGGUUGUCCCACUGACUGGGUCUGGGUUGUCCCACCCAUAUCUGGCAGCCUGACCCCCGUAUUUCACCAGGAAUUCCUCAACUAUAACCUGUCACCUUCCUUCUCCUACCAGACGGAUGCCUGGCGGACACACAAGUGGAACAACGGGAUUUCUGUCAAACGCAAGACCAUCGGAUUCAAGGAGCUGGCAAAAGCGGUGGAGUUCUCUACCAAGCUGAUGGCCCAGGCCCUAGCUCGGCGAGUCAAGGUGACCAUUCUGUAUGCCACUGAGACCGGGAAAUCUGAGACCCUGGCCAGGAAACUCUGUGACAUCUUUCGCAAGGUCUUCAAUCCAAAGUUACUGCGGAUGGACGAGUACGAUGUUGUCAGCCUGGAACACGAAUCCUUGGUGCUGGUGGUGGCGAGCACAUUUGGGAAUGGAGACCCACCAGAGAAUGGAGAGGCCUUUGCUGACCUUUUGAUGAAAAUGACUCACCCUGACUCCAGCCCGACACAGUACAGGAGCUACAAAGCCCGGUUCAACAGUCUGUCCGACGAUGAGUUUGAAGCGUUCAGUGAGAUGAAGUUGGAGGAGACGAGUUUUAGGAGGAUGGGGCCGUUGGCGAGUGUGAGAUUCGCCGUGUUUGGCCUGGGCUCCCGGGCCUAUCCUCACUUCUGUGCCUUUGCCCGUGCGGUGGACACGAGACUGGAGGAGCUGGGAGCAGAGAGGUUGCUGACCCUGGGCGAAGGUGACGAGCUGUGUGGACAGGAGGACCAGUUCCGAGCCUGGUCUCGCAACACCUUCAAGGCUGCCUGCGAGGUGUUCUGUAUCGAGGACCCGGCUGAGACAGAGGAGGACGGAGACUCCUCCUUUGAGAGUUCCGCCGUCUGGAGACCAGACCACUACCGACUCUCGAUGGUAGCACAGGGGCCGGACCUGCUGACAGCCCUGAGUCAGCUGCACAGGAGGAGCACCUUCCAGAUGAGCUUGUUGUCACGGCAGAACCUACAGCACCAGAGCUCGGGGCGGUCAACCAUCCUGGUGCGUCUGAGAGUCAGCGGCGUGGAGCUGAGCUACCAGCCCGGGGACCACGUGGGCAUCCACCCCGCCAACAGCGAGGCCGAGGUGGAGCGGCUGCUGGAACGGCUGCAGGAUCUGCCUCUCCACAACAACCUGGUCUGUCUGCAGAGGCUGCAACACAGGCUCCAAGGGCAAGGAUAUCAGCAGACCUGGGUACAAGACUCUCGCCUGCCCGCCUGUACCGUGACACAGGCCCUGACACUCUUCCUGGACAUCAGCACCCCUCCCAGCCCGGACUUCCUACAGCUCCUGGCACAGCUGGCUGAGGAUCCCACAGACAGGCAGCAGCUGGAGACCCUGAGUCAGGGGACUCACCGGUACGAGGAGUGGAAGUGGGAGAACAACCCGACAGUGGCGGAUGUGCUGCAGGAGUUCCCCUCGGCCCGUCCACCUGCCAGCUUGCUGCUGAGCCAGCUGCCCCUGCUGCAGCCCCGCUACUACUCCAUCAGCAGCUCGCCUGACGCGCACCCCGGUCAGAUCCAUGCCACAGUCGCCGUGCUGGAGUACCGCACCAAGGGUGGGACUGGUCCGGUCCGACAGGGAGUCUGCUCCUCUUGGCUCAACCGCAUCAGCCCCGAUGACUCUGUCUUCUGCUUCAUCAGAAGGGCCCCGCUGUUCCGCCUGCCCUCGGACCCGUCGGUGCCAUGCGUUCUGGUGGGCCCCGGCACCGGCAUCGCUCCCUUCCGCAGCUUCUGGCAGCAGCGGCUGUUCGAGCUGGAGAAUCGAGGAGGGGGUCCGUGUGCGAUGACCCUAAUCUUCGGCUGCAGGUACUCAGACAAGGACCACAUUUACAAGGAGGAGAUGAUGCGGGCGAAGGAGCGGGGAGUCUUCAGGGAGAUCUACACGGCCUACUCCCGGGAGCAGGAGGGGAAGAAGGUGUACGUGCAGGAUAUCAUCCGAAACCAGCUGUCGGAGGAACUGUUCCGGGCUCUGGACUCCCAGAAGGGACAUUUGUACAUCUGCGGUGACGUGACCAUGGCGCAGGACGUCUCACGGACCGUCCAGGAGAUUAUCGCUGCACAGGGGAGCCUCAGCCUGACUGAGGCGGCUGCAUACAUCGCCAGACUGAAGGACGAGAACCGUUACCACGAGGACAUCUUCGGACUGACGCUGCGCACCCGCGAGGUCACCACCAAAGUCCGCUCCGCGUCCUUCACCUACUGGCAACAGUCCAAGGGGGGGUCUGAGUCCCAGUGAGUGUGGUCGCGGGGAAGACCCCGGGCUCAUCGUCACCUGUCAGCAUGGUUCCAUCACCAGAAGAUCCAUCAGUGCUUCCCCCGUUCAUCAUCUCACUGCGUAGUCAUGUUUCUUUACGUUGGGUGACAGCCGAUCCUCUCCAGAGGACGAAUCACGGAACACCGGGGCCUGGGUGUGGCGAUCUCGGCCUCUCAAUGUCUUCCCCAACUGUGAGCUUACACUCCCCCACCAACUGAUGUCCUUCCCCGGUCCCUGAUGUGAACUCACACUCCCCCACUGAUCAGUCCCUUCCCCAUUCCCUCAGUGUGAACUCACACUCCCCCACUGAUCAGUCCCCUCCCUGGUCACUGAGUGUGAACUCACUCCCCCACCAAUCAGUCCCCUCCCCAGUUACUGAGUGUGAACUCACUCUCCCACCGAUCAGUCCCCUCCCCAGUCCCUGAGUAUGAAUUCACUCCCCCACCGAUCAGUCCCCUCCCUGGUCCCUCGGUGUGAACUCACUCCCCCACCAAUCAGUCCCCUCCCCGGUCCCUGAGUGUGAACUCACUCCCCCACCAAUCAGUCCCCUCCCCAGUUACUGAGUGUGAACUCACUCUCCCACCGAUCAGUCCCCUCUGGUCACUGAGUGUGAACUCACACUCCCCGACUGAUCAGUCCCCUCCCCGGUCACUGAGUGUGAACUCACACUCCCCUACUGAUCAGUCCCCUCCCCAGUCCCUGAGUGUGAACUCACUCCCCCACUGAUCAGUCCCCUCCCAGGUCCCUGAGUGUGAACUCACUCUUCCACCAAUCAGUCCCCUCCCCGGUCACUGAGUGUGAACUCACUCCCCCACCGAUCAGUCUCCUCCCCGGUCACUGAGUGUGAACUCACUCUCCCACCGAUCAGUCCCCUCCCUGGUCCCUGAGUGUGAACUCACUCCCCCACCAAUCAGUCCCCUCCCUGGUCCCUGAGUGUGAACUCACUCCCCCACCGAUCAGUCCCCUCCCUGGUCCCUGAGUGUGAACUCACUCCCCCACCGAUCAGUCCCCUCCCCGGUCACUGAGUGUGAACUCACACUCCCCCAUCGAUCACUCACACUCCCCCAUCGAUCAAUCAUAUUCCCGAUCUCUGGAUGCGAUUCACACUACCCCACUGAUUGAUCCCCGUCCUCAGAGUGUGAACUCACACUGAUCAGUGAUUGCUCCCCUCCCCGGACCCUGGGUGUGAAUUCAAACUCAAUUCUGCUCGGUCCCCUGCCUGUUCCUUGGGUGUGAAUUCACACUGCCCCACUGUGCUCGGUAAACUACACCGGGCGGGGCGCCCCCUGCUGGCUUCGGUGCAUGAGCUGCAGGGGGAGUUCAGCGCCGUGCUGUCCAGGGGCUCGGCUAGCAUCCUGUAACACAAUCUCUAACCAGCGUCCCCUCCCUCCCCUCCGCUCUGUCAUUUAUCCGCUGGGCAGCAGGAUAUCCCCCUGCAUUCCGUGUGGGUCGGCUAAUGAUUUAAUGAAGACAAUCCCGGCCCACUCUCUGUCUGAAUGAUGUAUUUUCAUAAAAAGCCUUUUAGUCAUACUCAUGUGUUAUCUACUGAUUAAAGUUGUCUGAAA